AUGAAUACUGGUACAUCCCUCGACGGCAUACUAUAUCAUGAGCAAUCGUCAGUGAAAUUAGGUGAGCUAGAAAGAUACGUUAUUACAUACGACUUAUACGAAGGCGAUGAGAUUCCCGCUGAUAUCAGGCUAGAUUCUCUAUGGGUAAAAAUUGAAAAUACCACAAAGCUAUCCUACAAGGCAGCUUACCUAUUGGGACCGUUUAUCCUGUAUUGCGACUUACGAACCAAGGGCUAUCACCACUCACAAAAGAUUAUCUCUUCGGCAGACAAGCCUGUUUUCCAAUCAAAUAUUCAGGCACAGCAGAAAUUUGUUGCAGAAUUAUCUUUACAUCAAAUCAAGCAGCGUUAUGUCUGGAUAGUGGAUGUCGUAAGUCAGAUUAUUUUUAAUAAAGAAACCAAGAUAAAUUACGAGAUAUCAAUUGGCAACACCAAGGCAUCGUUUAAAAAGAAAAUACGAAGUACUAGCACAUUGAACACUCAGGAUAAUACUUCAUACAUAGGGCUGCAAGUACAAAAACUGACUACUGCCGAUAUAUGGGCAGUACCAAAAUUUCUUGGCACCUCUCAAAAGUCGCACCUAAUCAUUCUCACUCACGGCUUCCAAUCGAACGUCACAGCAGACAUGGAAUAUAUGAUGGAAGAAAUAUACAAGGCACAAGUAAACUAUCCAGAUGAGCGCCUAGUUGUCAAAGGGUAUAUGAAGAAUAUCUGUGAAACUGAAAAGGGAAUUAAGUUUUUGGGCAUCGGACUGGCCAAUUACAUUGUCAACGAGUUAUACGAUAACUCUGUUAAUAAAAUAUCAUUUAUUGGUCAUUCUCUGGGUGGACUAACGCAAGCUUUUGCUAUUUGUUACAUCAAGAUUAAGUAUCCAGAGUUUUUCCAGAAAGUGGAACCAGUCAAUUUCAUCACAUUAGCGUCGCCAUUGCUAGGUAUUGCCACCAGCACACCCAAUUACGUCAAAAAAUCGUUGUCAAUGGGUAUCAUUGGUACGACAGGACAAGAGCUGGGGCUAGAGGACUCGAAAUUCGGUGAUAAACCGCUGCUUUACUUGCUAUCAGAGGGCCCUCUAAUAAAGGUGCUCACCCGAUUCAAAAGAAGAACGCUCUACAUCAAUGCCAUAAAUGACGGAAUAGUCCCCUUAUAUUCAUCGUCUUUGCUUUUCUUAGACUAUUCUCAAUUGCUGGAUAAGUUGGGAGGCCAAACGACGGCUUCGUGUGAUCCUCUCUUCCAGCCCAAAGACAACCCUGUUACUCCCGGUGAUGACAAUGGCAAUGCUGGCGAUAAGACGACUAACACGUCAUCCUGGAAUACGUUUUGGAAAGCCAAGGGAAAUCAAGACGACAGGAAAUCUAAACGUUUGAUGAACACUUCCGUCAUUAAAUCCAUGAAGUCUGCAGUACUGCCACCGUGUCCUGACACCGAGUAUCUUUUGAACCCUGAUACAAGAGCUGCAACUAUCAUACAUGACAAGAUCUACACGGAAAAGGAUCUACCAGCCCCUGCAGCAGCAGAGUUUCCCGAAGGAAACUCAGCUCAGGGCAAUGAAAAGAAGAAGAAGAGCAAGAAGGAGUUGGAAGAGAUCAUAGCAAGACGCUGGCACAAGGGAAUGCACUGGAGGAAAGUGGUCGUGUCACUAAAACCGGAUGCCCAUAACAACAUUAUCGUCAGACGAAGGUUCGCCAACGCCUACGGAUGGUCGGUGGUAGACCAUCUGGUCGGCGCCCACUUCCAAGGAGACGGUGCAGACAUCUUGUCAGCGCCAGACGCAGCAGAGCCCCCCGACGAAGACGUAGAUAUAGCCAGCGGUGGUGUAGAGCCGAAUAAGCUUUUCUCGUGGCUGACCAGGGUCGAGGACCCUGGCACCUACCGCGAGGGAGUGGUCUCCACCGCCAGCCACCUGGCCAGCUCUUGGAUACGGAGGCAUUCCUCCGUCACAGACUAA